CUCAGCUUCAUUACAUGAACAAACCACAACAGCAUGCAACAACCACCACAACUCGACAAAGUCAAGCAUAUCCUCCUUGUCAUGUCUGGAAAAGGCGGUGUAGGUAAAUCAUCCGUUACCACCCAACUGGCUCUGUCGCUUGUCGCUCGAGGAAAGACGGUGGGUGUGCUUGAUAUCGAUCUUUGUGGACCUUCAAUCCCUCGCAUGCUCGGACUUGAUGGCAAGGGUAUCCACCAGUCAUCAGCAGGAUGGAUCCCAGUGUUUGCAGAUGAAAAGAAGCAGCUCUGCUGUAUGUCGAUUGGAUUCAUGCUUGAAAACAAGGACGACUCCGUAGUUUGGCGUGGGCCCAAGAAGACAGCCAUGAUCCGCCAAUUUUUAACAGACACCUGCUGGGGUGAGCUGGACUACCUGAUUGUCGACACGCCGCCAGGCACUUCGGAUGAAAACAUUUCGAUUGUAGAGCAUGUCAAAGCAUAUAAUCCAGAUGGCGUAGUUCUGGUGACAACUCCACAGGCAGUCGCAUUGUCGGAUGUGCGAAAGCAGGUCAGCUUCUGUCGACAAGUCGGUAUCCCUAUCGUCGGUUUGAUCGAGAAUAUGAGUGGAUUCAUUUGCCCUCACUGCUCUGAGUGCAAUAACUUAUUUUCUGCCGGAGGCGGGGAGGCCAUGUCGGAAGAAUUUGCACUCAAUUUUUUAGGUAGAGUGCCAAUUGACCCCACCUUGACAGCAAUGGAUACCGACCUAGUCCAACAGUUCCCUAAAUCUUCCUUGUUUCCUGUAUUUGAGAAGAUUACAGAGAAAGUGGAAGAAUACUCGAGCCGCCCGGAGUAAAAUCCUUUUUUUCUGUUCUCUCCCAACUGUAUAGUCCGUUUCAUUUGCUCGCGAUUCCUUAUAUUUUUUGAAUACUCUUGAGUGUAUUAGCAGCGACCCGCUUGUUGUUACAAACCCGUUACGUAGUGAGAUGCCAUCAAACCAAUUCGAUCGUGGUUUUUAGAUUAAAAAUAUAUGGGGGGGUCUACAUAUAGCCUUUAUAGUCCUCCCCAUUAAAAAACAUCAUCUAGACCAAGGAUAUUGUAAAAAGAACAAGAAAUUCAUUAGGC